CCAUGCCAUGGGUUGGUGGGCCCACGAGGAGAAGACUGCAAGUACUGGAAGAAGGCCGAAAGGUUGAUCCGGUAGCUUUCGUAAAUGGAUUCCAGGGGGAGGAGGGAGUAUUUUUAUUGAUCGGUAACGGAGGAUGGAGACGUUGCGGGGUGUUUGUCGGAAUCUCUUCCGGUUUCUCCUUUUGCGACGGAUGGUUGCGACCGCUUCCAUCCCUUGGCUUCCAAUCCAUCUCAAUCCUUGCCCAAUCCUUUCGCCCUCCAAUUCCCGUAGUCCAAGGCAUCACGCUUCGCCCCCUCACUUCCUUCUUUUUCCCGUCGUCCUUUUGUCGUCGCGCUUCUCUUUUUCGGUCGCUUUUGUGGAAAAAGCUGCGUAAUUCCGAUCUGGAAUCGAGAAAUCGUGGCUUGGGAUCCGAUUUCUUGCUUGAUUGGUGAUCGGGGUUUGUUUUCUUCGCUACAUUCUCUGUAAAAGGUUUCUAAGCCUUCAGUGAUGGCAAGCAAGUCCUAUAAGUACCAGGCACAGGUACUGGUUAGAGAGUACCUGCUAGCAGAUCCAUUUGUCCCAUGCACCUCUGUGCUUGGGGGCAUUUUCAUGUGCAAGAUGGCAUAUGAUCUUACUCAGUUAAUCAGUCCAUUUUACUACAAGGGCUAUGUUUCUCUUACAAAGAUUCAACGGAUUGAGUGGAACAAUCGGGGUAUGUCUAGUGCACAUGCCAUUUUUAUCACGAUAAUGUCAUUAUACUUUGUGGCCGUCUCGGAUCUAUUCUCUGAUCGUCUUGAGGGACUACUUACAUUUCGACGUUCCAAUCUCUCCACUUUUACAUUGGGGGUCUCUGUUGGGUAUUUUAUCACAGACCUUGCCAUGAUAUUUUGGCAAUAUCCUUCUCUUGGUGGAAUGGAAUAUGUUCUCCAUCAUUUCAUUUCAGUAUGUGCAAUAGCUUAUGCCAUGCUAUCUGGGGAAGGGCAGCUAUACACGUUUAUGGUCCUCAUAUCCGAGACAACCACUCCAGUGGUUAAUUUGCGAUGGUUUCUUGACACUGCAGGAAUGAAAAGGUCAAGGGCAUAUCUUGUUAACGGCGUUAUGAUGUUCUUUGCAUGGCUGGCAGCAAGAAUAUUUUUGUUCAUCUACGCAUUUUACCACAUCUAUCUUCACUAUGAUCAGAUCAAGCAGAUGCAUACAGUUGGUUACCUCCUGAGCCUUGUGGUGCCCACAGCACUGUUUGUCAUGAACAUGAUGUGGUUUGCAAAGAUUCUAAGAGGCCUCCAGAAGACAUUGGCCAAGAGGCAAUGAAUGGUAAACUGGAAGUUGUCUCAAUCUACCAUCAUUGUCAUCAUCCGCACCUUGGUGCGUCCUUUCAGCUUUUCUGUAUAAAGUCAUGGACAAAUUAGGUGAGGAGGGAUCAAAGAAAAAGAAGCUGGGUAGUGAGAGAAUUUUAGGGUUAGAGUGGGUAUAUCAUUCUUGUAUUCGGUGUAAUUAUUGUAUAUGAAUAUGAUGCUGUGCUUUCUUCUUAUUGAAUGUUCUACUUGUUGGAGUUUUAAUUUAGAAAAGAUUUACAUUUUUUUA